GCGCGAACCAAGUGCGGUUCAGGUUUACCCGAAUAGCCCGGCAGUUUCGGACAACAUCGGCCACCACUCUCUCAUCAGCUCAAGAUGCUAUGGACCACUAAUUGUCUUCAUGUCUCGAGACUCACUCUUCUGCCCUUCAACUUGAAACUUUUCCGGCAUCUACGACGGACAAGCGAGUCUCACCACCAUCCGAAUGCCGACUUAUUUCAGGUUCCGUCUGCGGGAAGCCGGAUAUUCAGCCAGUCGUGAUACCCUCAGAGCUGUUAGCCAUGACAUCUUCGAAUUCCCUUCGCAUCGGUGUUGACGUUGGAGGUACCAACACCGAUGCCGUUCUCCUCAAUCCAUUCGCCACAGCUUCAGAGAACCGUGGUAUCUUGUCUUGGCACAAGUCGCCGACGACUCCAAAUCCUAGCCAGGGAAUAGAGACUGUAAUCACAACCCUAAUCACAAACGCAAACAUCGACGCUAAGGAUAUUGCUAGUGUCACUAUUGGUACCACUCAUUUCAUCAACGCUGUUAUUGAGAAGGAUCGAUCUCGCCUCGCGCCUGUCGCUGUACUGCGUCUAUGUGGACCCUUCUCGCGCUCCGUACCUCCAGGAGUCGAUUGGACGUCAGACCUUAGAAGCAUUAUCUGUGCUUAUUGUGGUUUUCUUGAUGGUGGGUUGGAAAUAGACGGACAAAUCAUUAGGGAUAUAAGGGAGGACCAGGUUAAAGAAGAGUGUGAAAAGGUCAAAACCGCCGGCGUCAAGUCCAUCGUCGUUAACGGAAUCUUUUCCCCUGCAGAUGUGAUGGGAGAGAUGCAGGAAGAGAGAGUGAAAGAGUGGAUUUUGAAGUAUUACCCCGAAGCAGAAGUUGUAAUCUCAAAGGAAGUUGCAAAUCUUGGAUUUAUUGAACGGGAAAACGCGGCCAUCCUCAAUGCCUCCAUCCUCGCUUUUGCCCGUCACACUAUUGCAUCCUUCCAAACAGCCAUUCAUCACGGUCUCGGCCUUUCAUGUCCUAUCUUCCUCACUCAGAAUGACGGAACGGUUCUCCGGGCAGCAGAUGCAACACGGUUGCCCAUUCGUACUUUCAACAGCGGAGCAACAAACUCUAUGUGCGGCGCAGCAUUCCUGAUAAAACAGAACACUGACAUCUCACAAGAGAGUAUCCUCGUAAUUGAUAUCGGAGGUACGUCUACGGACGUCGGCAUGUUGUUGCCAAGUGGUCUUCCUCGACAGGCCGCCGCUGUUACGGAAUUCGCUGGCGUCCGAAUGAACUUCUCGUGUCCUGAUGUUAAGAGCAUUGGCCUGGGUGGAGGUUCUAUCGUACGACUCUCGCAAGAUUCCACAGAGCAGCGAGUAACGAUUGGUCCAGAUUCAGUCGGCCACAACAUUAUAACACGCGCUCUCGUCUUUGGGGGAGAUAUUCACACCACUACAGACUAUUCCGUCGUCUCUCAAGCAUUACGCUCUUUUUUAUAUCAGCCAAUUGGAGACAAGGACCUCGCGAUGGCCGCUGUCGAAACUGCAACUAGACAGCACGAUCUUUCCGUGGACUCGUUGAUCGACGAGUAUGAAGCCGUUGUACGAAAGAUGUUAGAGGGUAUCAUUGACCGCAUGAAGACCUCUGCAGAGGACGUGCCGGUGUUGCUGGUCGGAGGUGGUGCAGUGAUUGUUUCGGAAGAUAAGGAAGGGAAGCUCAGUAUUACUGGUGCUAGCAAGGUCAUCAAACCGAAGUUCUCGGGCGUGGCGAAUGCUAUCGGAGCAGCUAUUGCCCGCGUAUCUGGAACUGUCGACAGGGUCGUUAGUACCGAAGGAAAGUCGACACAGGCUGUUUUGGAGGAAGUAUCAAAGGUUGCUAUCGAUAGAGCUGUUGAGAAUGGCGCCCUGAGAGAGACAGUGCGAAUCGCAGAGAUAGAUUCCAUUCCUAUCCAGUAUGUCGCCAACAAGAUGAGAAUUCUCAUCAAAGCAAUUGGAGACUUUGAUUUCUCUCGUGUUCCUGUUGCUGUCCAGGAAGAACUCUUGAAGCACUCGACAGCUACUGAUGGGCCAGACUACACUAAAAAUCCGUUAGCGAACGAGGAAAAGACAACCGCGCUCUCUGCGGCGGAAAUAUCAUCCUACAUGCCCAAGGUUAUUGCUUCUUCCCGCCCCUACCAGUAUGAAUGGAUCAUCUCGGAAAUGGAUCUGGAAUGGUUAUCCUGUGGUUGUUAUAUUCUUGGUACUGGAGGAGGAGGUACACCAUACCCGCACUUUAUCAGAUUACGAGAGAUGAUGCGGAACGGGGCGCAAGUUCGUGUAGUUGAGCCAGGCUGGUUAAAGGAUGAUGAUGUGGUGGCAUGCGGAGGUGCAAAGGGAAGUCCGACGGUCAGUGUGGAGAAGUUGUCUGGGGAUGAGAUGAUGGAAUCCCAAACCACGGUCUACAAUUAUCUCGGGAUCAAACCUGCCGCUGUCAUGGACCUCGAGAUAGGUGGUGGAAAUGGGCUUCAAGGUCUCAUUUUAGGUGCAUCAACAAACAUGAACAUUCCUACGAUUGACGGAGACUGGAUGGGACGGGCAUACCCUGUUGCCUGGCAAAUCACUCCAGUCGUUUGGGGCGGUGACAAAGCUCAAUUCGUUCCUUCUGCUAUCUCAGACGGGAAUGGAAAUAACAUGGUCCGUUUUGACAAAAUUUCAUUCUCUGUUGUUCUUUACUGCUUCCUAGCUAAUGGUCACGGGAACGACGGAAAAGAUGGUAGAACGUGCUUUCCGUGCAGCUCUUUCGGAAAUGGGUAGCCAUGUCGCUUGUGCCAAGGGGCCCACGACUGGAGCCAAGGUCAAAUCGUGGGCUGUCGAAAAUACGAUUUCACUUUCCUGGCGGAUUGGGAGGGCAGUCGCUCUGUGCCGAGCAAGGAACGACAUUGACUUUGUUAGUAAAGCCAUCAUCGACCAAGUCGGUGGUGAACAGGCGGCGAAGGUGCUAUUUAAAGGGAAGAUCAUUGGUGUAGAGAGGAGAACGGUCAAAGGCCAUGUGUAUGGAGAAGUUAUUAUCAAGGCUGCUGACGUUUCUGGAAGUGGGUCAGAGGCUACAGACGCUGUUGAAGGCGAGGUCAUGAAAAUUCCGUUUAAGAACGAGAAUAUCGUGGCCACGCGGGUCACUAAGGACGGAAAGGAAGAGAUUGUCGCCACUGUUCCAGAUUUGAUUUGCGUUUGUGACGCCUCUAAUGGAGAGGGGAUUGGUACACCAGAGUAUCGAUACGGCUUGUUGGUGUUCGUGUUAGGUAUCCAAGCGUCCGAAAAAUGGACGGUGUCGCCGAGGGGUAUCGAGAUUGGUGGGCCUGGUGCGUUCGGGAUGGAUCAUGUGGAGUAUAAGCCGCUUGGAAAAUUCACGAAACCGAGGAGUGUGAUUGAUGAAUUCAAGCCUUGAUACUGUCAAGCACUACAUUGUCGUUGACUAUCAGUUAUUGUAUUUUGUGUUUCCUCGUACAGCAGCAAAUGAACGGCCAUGUUUCCAUUCUUCAUCAACGGACACAAUAUUUCGGGGGUGAUAUUACACAAAAGCGCGAUCUUUCCACCCUUGUAUUCGCGUUGUGAGGGCAGGGGGACGAACGAGGUGGCCAGGCG